AUGACUCGAAAGCAAGUCUCUGAUGAGAACCACAAGGAGAGCAGGAACAACGAAACAUCAAUAAAUCUCCGUGUUAUAACGCACAACAUUCGAUACGCCACUGAGGCGCCUUUCAAGGGCGAGGAGCGAUGGCCAAUUCGGCGUCCAAGGCUCUGCUCCGAGCUCGUCUUCAACUCCACGAGUAUCCCCGAGACAUUCAUCUGCCUUCAAGAAGUACUUCAUUCCCAGCUUGUGGAUGUCCAAACCUCACUCAAUGGCUCUGCAUCCGGAGAGUGGGACUACAUUGGAGUCGGCAGAGACGAUGGCAAGCAAGCUGGCGAAUACUCCCCUAUAUUCUAUCGACCUUCAAUCUUUCACGUCAAGAAAUGGCGAACGGUUUGGCUCAGUGAAACACCCGAGAAGCCCUCAAGAGGCUGGGAUGCUGCGAGUAUUCGCAUUGUCACCGUCGGGAUCUUUGUACAUGCAAAAACCGGGAAACUUGUUCUUGUUAUGAGCACUCAUUUCGAUAAUGAGGGUGCUAAAUCUAGAAAGGAGAGUGCUAAGCUUAUACUUUCCCUCAUCUCCUCUGAGGUGACGUUGGAGGAUUUUUCUGUUGUUUUGCUUGCGGGCGACUUCAACAGCCCCCCUGAUGAUGGAGCCUAUCAAAUUAUGACUGCACCCGAAUCGGUGAUGGAAGACAUUGGCGUGAGCAUCCCCAAAGAAAUACGAUACGGCAACGAGAUGACAUUUACCUCCUUCGGUCAUGUGGACAAUACACCAGCUCGGAUUGAUUUUAUAUUUGCAAGGAAAAGUGACCAUGUCGAGUAUGCUACAUAUGCCGUCUUGGCAAACCGCUUUGACGAUGGGGUUUAUUCGUCAGAUCAUCGAGCGUGCGUGGCAGACGUCCAAUUGCUGUAA